GUUAGGGCUGAGCAGCUGGAGAAACGACACACAACCAGGGACCGUCGAACCCCUCCAUACAUCCAACAUAGAGUUCGAUCUCUGCAGUAGAUCGCAGGCUGGUUCAAACUUAUUCUCCGCUGUCAAUGGUUCGGUGAUGUAUACUACACUUAGUGGUCUCUGAAGCUUGCGAUCUAUCACCGCGCGAGCAAACAUUGCAAACACCGCCUUAUCGCAGCAUCGCAUUAUCGUCUCCGCUAAAAAAUUCCCGACGAACUGGGAGAUAUUAUUCACGUCCUUUCGAGAGCCGCCACGCGCUACAGGAGCCCUCGAUGCUAUCUGAGAGCUUCUUCGCGGCGACCUUGGCGUCCUCCAAGACGCCAGGCUCAUCGACACUCAAAGAUGUGGGGGUCUCAAUCCAUGAGCUCCAGCCGUCGCCCGCCUUCCGCUCCGGCUUCAAGAAAAGCUCCUCUUCGCCCAAUUGCCUGGCUGUGAGCCCAUCACACGUGUUUGCUGCGCAGGCGGAGAAGGCCGUGGUGCAUGUCUACAGUAGGGAGCGUGGUGGUCAGGAAGCUACCAUUGCAUUUCCGGAGCGGAUACGCAGUCUCGCGAUUGCAGGAGCGCAGGGAAGGGAAGUACUGAUCUUGGGAACGGAGGGAGGACGGCUGAUCUUGUGGGAGACUUGCACGGGACGCCAAGUAUCAACCUCCGCAUCGCAUCUCCAACCGGUCACGGCUCUAGUUGUAGAUGCAACGUCCAACUUUAUCCUGUCGGGUUCCUCAGACGCCAAUAUCCAUGUCUGGUCCAUAUCGCGGCUUCUCUCCUUUUCUAAACCUUCUGCCACAGGCCGAAGCAAACAGCCGGCCAAUGGUCCUUUCCGAACCUUUUUGAACCACCGCGCCCCCAUCACCUCUCUCGCAGUUGGUCACGGCAGCGGUAGAGCUAGCAUUGCCAUCUCUGCUGCCAAGGAUAAUACUGCCAUAGUAUGGGAUUACCAGACUGGACAGACAUUGAGGACAUUCCUUCUGCCGUCUGUAGCUCAAUCUCUGGCAGUUGAUCCCGCGGACCGCGCCUUCUACGCCGGUUACGAGGAUGGCAGUAUUCAGAUAAUCGAUUUCUACAAGAAUGCAUCCAUACAGCAUCCCCUGCAUGAUGCAAGCCUCCAGUCGACACCCGCGCAGCUAUCAGCUGAAGAGCGAUGGCUGCCACCCUCAGGGGAUUCUGGCGCCGCGGAAUGUCUGACUCUUUCCUACGACGGGAUGACUCUCCUGUCCGGACACCGUAGUGGAAAGGUCCUGUCCUGGAAUAUCGCCAAGGGGAAAUAUGCUUCAACGGUCACGGACCUGACGCACCCAGUGACGAACCUGCUUAUGCUUCCACCAAGUGGUCUGCAGGGCGCCUCCACAGAACCGAAGGUUGCGACUCAUAACAUCGUCAAACCCCGGUAUGACCCUAGCCUGGCUGAUUCCACAUCGACAGCCGGCAUAGUCCCAGCAGACUAUACGUUCAACACACACAUCUUAUCUUCGUCUUCACCAUCAAUAAUAUCUAGUGCGGGCGACAAAACCACACAGCUGGACCUCUUCUCUGAAGCCCUCACACAUCCCUCUUUUCCCGCGUCUUUGAUAGAAGAGGGCCUGGCAGAGCUCUCCUUUUUCGAGAAAGCCGGCAGCAACACUUCUCAGCCACAGAACUAUACCUCCUCUGUUUCCGCUGAAGGCACCUCCACCGUUAGCGAUGCCGCUCAAUCUUCCCGUAUCCAGUCUCUGGAAUCCGAACUUGCUGCAGUAAAACAGAAGCUUCUCACUAGUGAAACUGCCCGUCGCUCCACAUCGUCUGAGCUCCUUCAGUUGCAAUCCGACCUCACGCGCUUGAAAGAUCACAGCAGUGCGCUACAGCAAAGACAGGAACGGAGCGAGAAAAAUAAAUUAGCGCGGCGAGCGCGGAAAGAAGAGCGGGAGCGGGAACGCCGCGAGGCAUGGUUCGCGGCGGAGAAGAAUGGUAAAAACGGCGAUCGAGCAAUGCGAAAGACGGAGAUAGAUAACGGCGCAGAGACCAGUGACACGGGAGACCUGAGCAGUGAGAAUGAAUGAUUGAAAUGAUAAUCUCAUUUAGUUUGAGCUGCAGCUCUGAUUAGGGCAUGGUCGUUCCUGGUUCUACAAAACGCAUAUGAUCAUCACAUUGGUGUCAGUUUCGAGAUCUACAUUACUUUGGCUUUGUUAUGCACUAGACACUGAGAAAGAGGAGAAAAAUGAAAGGCGGCUACGGAUUCUGGAAAAGUUGGUGCUGUUGGAGUUUUCCAUUUUGUUUCAUUUUUCUCGUUUUAUUCAAAUCUUAUUUCCACUUUUGUAUAGAUAUACCAAGUGUAUAGAUCUCGCGGCCCUCAUACCUCAAUAGAUUAAUG